UGCGGCCGGCCGGCAGGAGCUGAGGAAAAACAAACAGACCCGGAGCAGCCAGGGCGAAUCUGCCGCGUGUUUUUGGCUCAGCAUAGAAACACCGGAAUACCGGAGGAGUAUGGGACCCUGGUGCCUGGAUCAGGACUGAGUCUGGUCGGCACACUGAGAGCUCCUCAGACCCGCUUUCAAGUCAUUUUCUCCCGAAACAGAGUCACGUUUUCACCGCUGACACAAUGGGCUGCUGCAGCGGACGAUGCACUCUUAUCUUUUUCUGCACUUUACAGCUGGUCUUGGGUUUAGAAAGGCAGGUCUUUGACUUCCUGGGUUACCAAUGGGCCCCAAUCCUCGCCAACUUCCUCCACAUCAUCAUGGUCAUCCUCGGCCUCUUUGGAACCAUCCAGUACCGGCCGCGCUACAUUGUGGUGUACACAGUAUGGGCCGCUCUGUGGGUGGCCUGGAACGUCUUCAUCAUCUGCUUCUACCUGGACGUAGGCGGCCUGUCCAAGGACAGUGACCUGCUGACAUUCAACAUCUCAGCACAUCACUCUUGGUGGAGCGAGCACGGGCCGGGUUGUGUGAGGAGAGAGAUGCCUCAGGCUCCAGGGGUCCACACCACGGAGAGCCACUCCUACAUCACUGUCAUGGGCUGCCUCAUGGACUACCAGUACAUCGAGGUCAUGCAUAGCGGCGCACAGAUUCUCAUUGCCCUCCUGGGCUUCGUGUACGCCUGUUAUGUUGUCAGCGCCAUCACCGAGGAGGAGGACAGCUUUGAUUUUAUUGGUGGAUUUGACCCAUUCCCACUCUACCAUGUCAAUGAGAAACCAUCUCAUCUCCUCUUAAAGCCCAUGUACCUGUCUCCGUAAAUAAGAGAGCGUCCAGCGGGGAGGUGACACAGCAAAUUCCCACGGAGACAAAAUGGCUGUUGUGACACAAACAUCCCAAUUCACUCGGGCACGCCAGACAUUCCUCCCCUUUCUUCAUUUCAGUUCUUUAAAACAUGUCAUUUACUGGUCUACUGCCCAGAAAAACCAACAAUUCUCAGUCAGGCUCCAUUGUUUUCCAGGGAGGGAUGACGGGUUACGGGAAAGGAGGGAUUUCAGUGAAACAAAGCCUCAUAUUGUGUAAUAUGUAAUGGGAAGUAUCAAUCUUAUUCUGUGAGUUCUUUGCUGAGGUUCCAUUGCUGUGACCUUCCUAUAGUGGUCUAAUACUCCCCAAGACUGUAUAGAGCAUAUAAAUACAUUAUGUGUGUAAUCAGAGACUGUCCAGCGUUCCCAGUCUGUGGUGCUGUGUCUUAGAGGACUCUGUGAUUUAGCAUGUUACUGCUGGUUUGGCUCAGAUCUUGGCCGGAGGGCUGAAUUACAGUGUAGCCCGUGGAAUGAGCCAUUGUGCGCUGCCUGUUUACUUUAGGCCAGGAUCUGUGUGCAUAAAUACACAAGCAAAGCAGGAAGAGGCAGGGGAGUGGAGAGGUAGAGGGAGGGAAGGGAAGGGAACAAAAGCACCAAGCCUACAGGGGCAUCUGUCAAAAAUAGAAAAUGUAAAUAAUGAAACGAGAAGGGGGAAGAUUUGGGGGAUUUAGAGUUUGAAAUGUGAAUUAUGAUGAAUGCAAGAGCGUUUAAGAGAUGUUCAAACACAAGGAAGGCCAUGUGAGUCUUACUUUUAUUUCUGGCAUCUUAUUGUGACUAUUUUCAACCAACAGCCACGUCAGUAUUUCUCAAGAGUAUGGUGAUAAAAGAAAGCUUUGUUUUCACUUUGCUUCUUCUCCUCUAUCUAUUGACACAUUGAGCGGCUGACAGACAGUCAAGAAAAGGUUGCACAACAUAUUUUAACUUUAAGAAAACAAUAUAAAUGCUUUUACUUUUCAUAUUGCAUACUGGAACGUUGAUUUGAAUGGGUAUGGCCUGUCAGUUGAACAGUGUUGAUUCUCAGUGGUGAUAGUCUCAUUUGUGAUUGUUUUAUAGCAUGUUUUUUACAGGGUUUGUAUUGUAAGUAUGUGUAUAACAUAUUAAGUAAUGACGAAAUUGCAAAACUGAUGUCUUAAACUGGCUGUAUAUACGCUGGUUAAAUAGCAACUCAAAGCUUCUGCUGAGUAGUUUCAUACUCAGAUUAAUUUUAUUCUGACCAAGUUAUGUUACACGUUUAUAUUUAGGCAAAUGUGGGUCAUAACUACUAUACUGAUUGGUAGCACUUUUUGUUGUUAAUAGGAGAUCUUUUAGAAGUAAAGUUGGAUCCCUGUUGCCUUACUGGCUGUGUGAAUCACUACUGCUCUCUGGUGUUCAAAGAGUUCAUAUACAAGUUGCAAGGCUGCUGCGUAUCUGCUACAGGGUCCAUAAAUCCCCAUGUUUUGUCUUAAAAAUUAUAAUUUUCUAUCUGCAGAUUACAGUUAAUUUUGCAAUAGUAUGUUUUUUUGUAAUUGCCAUGUUGGAGGAGGUGACUCAAAACUAUUGUUUUAGUGUUACACUUGGUCCUUUUCCUUAUCAUUCAGGUCAGGAUCAAUUGUUGCCUACCAGAUUUAAUUGCAAAACAUUUUUGUCCGAUUUCAAUAUUUCUUGGUGCUAUGUUUGAAAUGUUUUGCUUAGCAUUUUUGGGGGAAUCAAAAGAUUUCUGAACAAAGGAGUUCAUUCUGUCGUCAGUCUUUUUUUUUUUGUCAGCACCUAAAAAUAUCUCGCUGUGUGUCAGAUUCCUCUGUGAUAGUAGAUGUUUUUCACUGCCAGAUGACAGUCCACAAACUGUUAUGAUUCUUAAAUCUGACCUCUUUUGCCAUCUUAUUUCAGACUGAUGAGUGACCUAACUUGAUUUGAUUGGUCACCCCUCUAUUGGCAAGAUGCAAUAAUUCAUGUCUUGUCUAUGUCUCUAAGGUUUACACCCCCCUGGUAGGCUUACUGGUGUGUGGGUUAGUGAAAACACAAAGCACCUCAUAUUGUAAUAUAAUCAGUAUUAGUAGUAAAUGCUACUAUGUAAAAACUAGUCUUCCUCUCAGUGCAAUACAGCCUCUUCCUAAACCCCGGUGACUGGAAUUAGUUGAGACCUGGUAUGGGUUUGUGUGUAUGUGCUAGUCUCCACUGAAAACGUUUCCACCUGUUUGUAGAUAAUUAUUUUUCUUUGUAUAUGAAGUGGAAAACAUCUUUUUUUGUUUCUCUCUCUUCUAUUUUGUGUCCUGUGAUGCCACACCCCAUGUGACCUGAUUGUGUAAUCCUAUUUAUCCAGAACUGUGCUUUGUGCUCCUGUAAAUAGAUGUUUGUUAAUAAAAGAAUGUGCUCUUUUAAU